AUGACAGCAUCUGUUACUUUAGGUCAAGCAAUAUGGGUCUCCGUAAAACCCAUUAUAAAGAUCUUCUUAAUCAUAGGGACGGGUUAUGGCCUUUCUAAAAUGAACGUACUAACUGCAGAAGCAACGAGGACCAUCAGUGAUGUCAUUCUUAUCGUUCUUUUACCAUGUUUGGCUUUCAAUAAGAUCGUGGAUAAUAUUGAGGAUUCAGAUAUAAAGGAUGUGGGUAUCAUUUGUCUAAGUUCAGCAUUAAUCUUUGUAACAGGCGGUUUUUUUGCAUAUCUAGUAAGACGGUUCAUGCCUGUACCUAAAAAAUGGUAUGGUGGGAUUAUUGCAGGUGGGAUAUUCCCAAAUAUCAGUGAUUUACCUAUUGCCUAUUUACAGUCAAUGGACACCGGUCUUAUUUUCACAGAAGAUGAAGGUGACAAGGGUGUAGCAAAUGUUAUUAUCUUUUUAGCCAUGUUUUUAUUGUGCGUUUUCAAUUUAGGUGGAUUCAGGCUGAUUGAACAUGAUUUUAACUAUAAUGAUGCAGAAAAUGCUACUCGACCUAGUGAGGAAGAAAUACCAAUAGAAAAUAGUAAUGAUUCAAGUUCCAAUUCACUUGAUCUUGAAAAACGCUUUACUGAUCCAUUAGCAUCGUUACCUCCACCACAGCCUGCAAAAGUCUCAAAUCAAAGCAUAACAUCACGAAGUAAUACGCUAAGUCCCAGUAAUUCAUUCAUAUCUUCAGCCAACGCCCCAUCGGUAAGAUCUGACGAAGAUUAUGAGAGACAAAUGGGCGUGUCAUCUGCAAUUACUUCUGUCCAUCCUCAACCAAUAGCAUAUACUAGUGGCUACGAUAUCGCUAAGAAAAAUACAAAUAAUAGUUCAUUGUCACGUAUUUCCACAUACCAUUCGAUAGAUUUGCGUGGCGGGCAAGCACAAGGUCUACAUGAUAUAAUCAAAGAGUAUUCAAAUGUGGAUCAAUUUGGUAACUCCAGAAGGAAUUCCAUAGUCUCAGAUGAUGGAUCUGAGGUAAACGUAGAGAAAAAAUCAACAAGACUAACCAAAAUGUUGACAUCUGACGCUACUGUUAGUAAACAAGAUAUAAAAGAAUCAGGCAAAAGUUUCCUUCCUGAAAACAUACAAAAAUUUCCAUUAACAUCGUUACUCAUUUUCUUUUUGAAGAAUUGUCUAAGACCUGCAUCUAUCGCCGUUAUCCUUUCACUGACCAUAGCAUUUAUUCCAUGGGUAAAAGCCCUUUUCGUCGUAACAUCAGAUGGGCCAAAUAUCAAAGAGGCUCCUGAUAAUGAACCUGCAUUAAGUUUUAUCAUGGAUUUCACAAGUUAUGUCGGUGCAGCUAGUGUGCCUUUCGGUUUAAUGUUAUUAGGUGCAACUUUAGGUAAAUUGAAAAUUGGUAAAUUGUAUCCAGGUUUCUGGAAAUCUGCUGUCGUAUUAGUGGUACUGAGACAAUGUGUUAUGCCAAUCUUUGGUGUAUUAUGGUGUGACCGUCUUGUUAAGGCAGGAUGGUGUAACUGGGAAGAUGAUAGAAUGUUAUUAUUUGUCAUUGCCAUUAAUUGGGGGUUACCAACAAUGACCACUCUGAUAUAUUUUACUGCUAGUUAUACACCGGAAGAUUGUCUGGAGCCGGUUCAGAUGGAAUGUGUCUCAUUUUUUCUGGUUUUACAAUAUCCAUUGUUGGUCGUCAGUCUACCAUUCCUGGUAACUUACUUUUUAAAAGUACAAAUGAAUGUUUAA